UCGGGAGAAAAUGGUAGGCAAUCGGAAAAGCCCCUCAGCGGCCGGGCCUAUGGGAUUCAAUUUUUCUUUUACGAACCGUUGGCCAAAAAACAAAAUCCCGUUGUGGAAUCCGGCCCUUAUAAUUCUCCACCAACGGAGGGCAAGGAUUCCCGUCUUCUAAUAGCGAACGGCGGGGUGCUGCACGUGAGCGGGCAGCUGCUAGAAGAAGGUUACGUGUGUCAGGAGACUGCAGAGCAGAGAGAACAGUGUGCAGAAGAGCUGAUGACUAAGCAGAGAGAAGAUUCUCCCGAGGAGCACGGCACAAUGUAUACAAGACGUCCUGGAAAUUCUGCAGAGCAGCAGCAGCAGUGGGCUUGACCAGCUAUAUACUUUGAUUAAAAACUUUCGUCGUUGUGGGGGUACUGGUGCGUGUGCAGGUAAAACUCGCAGCAGUUUGUACCUUAUCGUUUCUCUCUGUGUAAUAUAUAGAGCAGAUGGCAGUCUCUGAGACGUUCCGAGUGAAGGUGGUACAUGGAGAGGGACUUAAGGGAUGGUCGAUGCUUAUCUCACCGGAAUUAUACGUCCAGCUUAAGUGGGGGGAAGAUCAGCAAGUCACGGCGAAGAAAAAGGCCCGACGGCGAGGAGGUGCUAAUUACGUCCUCUGGGCGGAAGAGUUUGAGUUCUCAAGAAGUAUAGCAGGGAGUGGAUCAAAGAUAGAAGUCAAUUGUUUUCAAUCUAAUCUGUUCUUAGACGACACACUGCUAGGGAGCGGUGAACUGUCUUUGGAGCCGACUUUCACCUAUGGGAACCAAGAUGUCUAUGUGCAGCUUCCCAAGGGCAGCCAUGAAGCGGGUAGCCUGAAGAUAGUCACAUCCUUCAAGCCGAAUAAGCAACCUCAGUCGUCUCCCGAUACCAUAACAUCGCCAUUGUCACUCCACGAAUCCCCCUUCCCUCCUCCCAAUAUCCCAACCCCACUUACACACCCUGAAGAUGACCAGUCCCAGUAUCCUCUGGCAGCAAUUAUGUCGGCACCUCCCCAAAAGCAUUGGAGUCCCACAAGGGCGCCUGCAGGCCUACAGGACCCCCCAACGUCUUAUUGCCCCCUAGCCCACAGCAGUCCCCUGCCUGGCACUUUCGCCGAAUUCCUAGCAGACAACCCCCUGCAGCACUAUCCUCCAGGCAAUUUCGCGCAAUUCCCAGCAGAGAACCCCCUGCAGCACUAUCCUCCCGUGCAAGCUCGCGGGCUGCAAAAUUCCUCCUCACAGUUUGCUUCCUCACAGUAUCCUCCCCCACAAUACAAUUCCCAAUAUUACCCUCAACAGCACCCCCAAUAUCCUACUAACGUAGCCGCAAUUGAAGUUCAUGAGAUCCCCGCCCAGGAGGGCGAUCCGGUCCUUGGAGAAUAAGUACCAAGGAUGAGGAGGAGGGGAUAUUUCGCAAUCAAGGGCAACUCGGGAAAAAUGCACCAACCGUAAGACAAGAAGGGCACUUAAAAAAAAUCAAAGUCCUGUGAAUGGUUUCACACAAAUCUUUCUGUGGUGGUGUGUUAAACCACCUCUACUUCAGUCAAGGUCUUUUUUACCGAUCCCGCAAAUAAAGAGAGAACCGCCGACAGGUAAUUGAAUUGGUUGGGCUUAAAGAAUUAGCCUUUUAAAACAAAAAUACAUCGCGAAC